AACGGUUUCGGAGUUGUUUGUUUCUGUUUGAUAAAGGAGCCCUUCCUAGCUCCGGCUUCCACUCUCUAUAGGGUUAGACGGAACAACCCUCGCCCUCCCCUUCAGCAACUUAGAGGGACUGGUAAACACACCAAAUCCUCGCAGCAACAAAAAUGAUAAAAUUCGUCCUGGACUGCCUCCUGCUUCUGCCCUUACUGCUCAUCUUCGUCUUAGAAUCUCUCCUGAAGUCUUUUAUUCCUAAGAAGAGGAAGUCAGUCACUGGAGAAAUCGUCCUGAUUACGGGAGCUGGGCACGGAAUCGGGAGACUGACUGCCUAUGAAUUUGCCAAGCUUAAAAGCAAACUGGUUCUGUGGGAUAUAAAUAAGCAUGGAAUUGAGGAAACGGCUGCUGAAUGCAGGAAACUGGGUGCGCAGGCGCAUGCCUUUGUGGUAGACUGCAGCAACCGAGAAGAUAUUUACAGUUCGGCGAAGAAGGUGAAGACAGAAGUUGGAGAUGUUAGUAUUCUGGUAAAUAAUGCCGGUGUGGUCUAUACAUCAGAUUUGUUUGCUACACAAGACCCUCAAAUUGAAAAGACUUUUGAGGUUAAUGUACUUGCACAUUUCUGGACCACCAAGGCAUUUCUUCCCGCGAUGAUGAGGAAUAAUCAUGGCCAUGUUGUCACUGUGGCUUCAGCAGCUGGGCAUACUACAGUUCCCUUUUUAAUGGCUUAUUGUUCCAGCAAGUUUGCUGCGGUGGGAUUUCACAGAGCUUUGACUGAAGAACUGGUGGCCUUAGGAAGAACUGGAGUCAAAACAUCAUGUCUCUGCCCUAAUUUCAUAAACACUGGCUUCAUCAAAAACCCAAGUACCAGUUUGGGACCCACCCUGGAACCUGAGGAAGUGGUGAGCAAGCUGAUGAAGGGAGUCCUGACUGACCAGAAGAUGAUUUUUGUUCCAUCUUCGAUAAAGCUUAUAACAGUGCUGGAGAGGAUGCUUCCUGAGCGUUUCCUGGCACUUUUAAAACGGAAGAUCAAUGUUAGGUUUGAUGCAGUUAUUGGAUAUAAAAGUAAAGGAGAAUAAGUGCUUGGUUUUUUGGAAAUUGAUUUAUCAGGUUUAAGUUGAUUUCAUCCAAUGUUAAUCAGAAUUUUAAUGUUUGGACCUCUGCUUUUCUUAUCUUAUCUUUUUUUUUUCUUCAAUAUCACCUUUUGAGGCUCUGGCGGUCCUCAUUUAUUAUCACCUGUUCUUUGGCUGAAAGCGAAUUUCAUGUAAUACAAAGAGAGAAAUAUCUGAGCAAUUGCCUUGUGGAAAAUGGAGGAAAAGAACAAAAGCAGUUUUACAAUAAUUUCUGAUUGUGUGGCUCAUCUGAAGGCUUUGCAAAAUUUGUACUAUGAAUGUUUAAGAUAUAUUUUUAUUUUUAAUUACACUUAACUUUUAUAUAAUUCACAUGUUUCUUUUCCCUAUUGUACAUAAAAUGGAAAUCUCAAGCUCUUUAAAUAUAAUGAAGGACUGUAUCUAGUAGCAUUGCACAAGGAAUUUUUACGUGAUGUAAGAAAUGUUCAAACAUUUUGUCCUACACAUCACCCCUGUUUCCUGAGAAAUACCUCAUAUUUCAGUGACAAACAUUUCAGCACAGGGAAACUGGAAGUGGACACAUGUUGCAAGUAAAAAAAACCGUCAUUGGGAUUUCAGGUAGAGAAAUGCAAGAAUGUACGCAUAAGUGACAGUAAUAAUAAAUGGAUCAAACUUAAA